UUUUUUUAAAAAAAGAAUCACAUGUUUUGACAACAUUUUUAUUUUUUCAUUCUUUAAAUGGUCCCUUCAAACAAUAAAAAAAUACUUCAACAACAAGUUAUUCGUUUAACAAAUGAAAUAGAAGAAUUACGUCUAGAAAGAGAAGAGUCAAAAAAGAACGUUGUGUUCUUUAUACAAGAAGCUGAUCUUCUUCGACAAGAACUACUCGCUCUUCAGCAGCUAUCAAACACGUCUCCUAAACUAUCCAGUCUUUUGCCUAGGCUCAAUAGUCUAGACGAAGAGAAACUGAACCUGAUUUUUAUCAUGCUAGAAAACCCCAACAUGCCACACGAACUUGCCAAACUCCAGUCAGACCAUGUCUCACUUGAGAUAGAGUUGAAUCAAACACGUAAUGAAUAUCAUGCAACACGCGCUGCUUUACUCAUCGAAAACGAACGCGCUGAUAUCAUCGAAAAACGAUGGAAAGAAGCUGAAAAUAGCCUUGAAGAAGCUGAAUCGACCAUACAAUCCCUGAAUCAAUUAAUAGCCGUGCGUAAUGAGACAAUGGGAAUGACUACAUCAAAAAAUCAUGCAUUAUUAUGCAACGAAUCAAAAGGAGAAAAUCAAAAACUUCAAGUUAAACUGGGUCAAUUAGAGCAAAGUGUGUUGCAUUGGCAAGAAAAGUGUGAGAAAAUGAAUCGAGAAAACGUUGCAUUGAAUGAGGAAAAAACAAGAGCGAAAUUAAAAGAGCAUCAUUUAAAGACAAACAAUAAAACUUUGCAAGAAGAAAUACGUAAAUUAAGCAAAACAGAACAAGAUUGGGUCAAUAUUGAAUACCUCCGUAAUGUUAUUCUCAAAUUCCUUGAACGAAAAAACACGCGCGCUCAAUUGGUACCUAUCCUAUCAACAUUACUUCGGUGCUCCAGUGAGGAUCAAACACGUCUUUUUCAAUUGACGCGAAACACUCUCACAUCAUAAUUAUGUCUUUUAAUAAACAAUAAAAAAAACAUAUAUAAACCCCAACUCGUCUUGUUGCGU